AUGGCUACAGCUAAUUUGCCGGCAAUUUCGCAUCCUUUAUCGCGUCUGGGAAGCCCCGAAAAAAUUACAGUUCGCGGUGUGUCGCGUGGCGAAGGGGCAAGCUCGCAAAUUCAAAAUGAACUCAAAAAAGUCAGCCAGCUUCGUCCGAUCACGGCAGACCAAAUGCCUUGGAGACUUACGAAAUCAUCUUCUGGAUCGCGAGGUUUUCCAAAGGAAACUAGCCUACCGGCUUUGGGUUCCGUACCCGAAGGAAUCGAAGUCAAGAAAGCAAGUGAUCAAUUCAAACCAGCUAUUCCAAUAUUUGGUAAGUGUACAUUUCACUACGUUUGCGUCAUGUAAAUAUUUGAAGUCAGGGGACAUGUAUAUUUGAUAUCUAUAUAUCUAUAAAAUUAACUUUAUUUAUACUAGAUAGCUCUAUCAGUUCUAAGCUGUUCUCCCUAGAGGUAUAGUGAGCUCCUUCCCUAUACAAGAGGUUUAUAAUAGUCUAUAUGGUUACUUAUUUUGAGUACCCGAAGAAAACCAGUGGUGUUUGGUAGAGUCGAACUGGAAGCACUCUUCCCACAUGUCAGUGAGAUAAAAAACUGAUGUUUUUAUUUCCAUGAUCAGGAAAUCGUGCGGACCUUGCAAGCCGAGCCGAGAGCCGUCAGUCGAGACUAAAUACAGCUGCUUCUUAUGAGAAACCAGUUGUUGACGAGGUCUGUAGAAUAUUACUUUCUGCUUGACAUUGUUAGUGUGGGUUAUUAUUUUAUGAUCUAUAAUAGUUUAUUCAUUGGUUUUCAGCUGGAGGCGAUAAUAAGAGAAAAAUUAAAGUCAGCGUAUUAUUCGGUCAAGCAAGCAUUCAAACAGUACGACCCUGAGGGACGAGGAAUAAUUACAAGGUUAAGAUUAACUGUUGUCACCUGCGCCAUCAUUACCACCAUGAUCAUCAUUACUAUCAUCUGACCGUCAUCAUCAUCAUCACCACCAUCAUCACCACCAUGCAUCAUCACCAUGCAUCAUCACCAUCAUCACCACUGACCAUAAUCACCAUGCAAGCAUCACCACCAUCACAAUUGACCAUCAUCACCAUGCAUCGUCACCAUGCAUCAUCACCAUCACCACUGACCAUCGCCCCCAUGCAUCAUCACCAUGCACCAACCAUCAUCACCAUCACCCUGAUCACCAUCACCACUGACCAUCAUCACCACUGGCCAUCACCACUGACCAUCAUCACUGACCAUCAUCACAACUGACCAUGAUCAUCACCACUGACCACCAUCACCACUGGCCAUCACCACUGACCAUCACCACUGACCAUCACCACAACUGACCAUGAUCAUCACCACUGACCACCAUCACCACUGACAUGGCCACCAUCACCACUGACCACCAUCACCACUGACCAUCAUCACCACUGACCACCAUCACCACUGACCACCAUCACCACUGACCACCAUCACCACUGACCACCAUCACCAAUGACCACAAUCACCACUGACCAUCAUCACCACUGACCAUCAUCAUCAUGCACCACCAACCAUCAUCACCAUCAGGGUGAUCACCAUCACCACUGACCAUCAUCAUCACCCCUGAUCAUCAUCAUCACCACUGAUCAUCAUCACCACUGAUCAUCAUCACCACUGACCGUCAUUACCACUGACCAUCAUCACCUGAUCACCAUCAUUUAUACCACUGACCAUCACCACCAUCACCACUGACCAUCAUCACUGUGACUGUGCAUCACCACCAUGUCUUCUAACAUAAAUAUAUUUCUUCCAGGGAAUCAUUAGUCAAAAUCCUCAGUAGUAUUGUUGGUAGAAAUAUAAGCUUGAGUCAAUUUAAUCGUCUCAUGAUCAGGUAAUUGAACUAUUUAUGCCAGCUGCAACCCCAUUUUCAGAUAACCUACAUGCCUUAUUAAGUAACUUUUCAUCCUUGGUCGUUUAUGGAAACUUAGUGUAAAACUUUAUUUCCGUUCCUAUAUAGACUUGGCUUGGACACAAAGAAGACGAUUUCUUUUGAAGAAUUUUAUUCAUCAUUUGCUAGGCCACUAAAGGUAUGGAUAACCCUAUCAGUUCUGGUUUCCCCCUAUAAAAGUGAUACCUGAUUAAUGCAGUCUUUCUACAGGAGGAAACCUAAACUAAACAAUCUAAACUAAACGUUAUUUAUACAAGAUAGCUCUACCAGUUCUAACGUAUUCUCUCUAGAAGUUCAGUAGGCACCAUGCAUCAUUUAUUAAACAAGUGUUACUACAGGAGGAAAUGGAAGUACCCAGAGAAAACCCGUUUGUUGAAACAUACAAUGAGGAGAAAUUGUUCUACCAGACAACUGAGUCACUCACUCGGCAGUCAGUGGUUAACAAAUUAUGGUCAAAGUAAAUCUUUUCUCAAACAGAAAGAUGGAAUACCUGAAUGGUUUGAGCAACAAACGAAAACAGUUCACUACUUGUCAGCAGCUCAAGUGCAUGUACAGUUGAAAGAGAAAGCCAAGCAAAGGUAAUCUAUUUUUCGCCUAUACAUGAUCUAUCAGUUCUAAACUGUUCUGCCUAAAUGGCAAGUCCAUUAGGCUUGCUGUGUUCGGUGAAACCCACCUGUCUACCUUAACGUUAAAUUUUUCGCAGAUUUUUGGAUUUGGCUGAUCUUAUACCACAAAUGAAUCCAGGAGGCAGCGGUCGGAUUUUGAAACCUGAACUCCAGAACGCUUUGAACAAACACGGCUUCGCUAUGGAAGAGUCGGAAUACGAUAAACUUUGGCAAAAAUAUGAUACUGAAAACAUCGGGGUUAUAAAAGGUAAAUAAAGCAAUCAGCCAUAGGUGAGAGGGGCAGAUACAGGGGACUGCAUUUAUCUAGUAUACGUAAUGUAAUUUGUUCUGGGAUCACCGACCAGUUCAUUUAUUUAUACCAAAUUUGCGAAAACAUGUCUGAUAUUAUAUCUAGGUGAAAAGCUAUUACACAAACUUGGCAUUAGCUUAAAAACCAACGGCGAAAAAACGGAAAUUGGAACAGAGAAAGAAGAAACAAGAUCGCCUCGCAGGCUGGAAUCUGAGCGGCUUCACUCGCUCGAUGUUGAACGUUGGUUAAAAAAGAAAUUUAGGGAAAGCUGUUCGGAAAUGAAACAUGCAUUUCAGGAGUUAGAUCUCGACAGAACCGGAAGAGUAACGAAAGAUGAGUUUAGGAAGGUUUUGAAAGAGUUCGGUUUGAAAUUGAGUUCUGAUAAACAAGUGGAAGACUUCUUAGCAAGGUUCGUUUGAAUGAAACGAUAGCGAUCGUUAUCACUACAAUUAUCAUCAUCAGCACCAUCUUCGUUAUCAUCAUCAUUUUAGUACCAUUAUCAUCACCAUGAUCAUAAUCACCACCGCGAUGCACUACCAUAAAUCACCAGAUGUAUAGGUACUAUCGUCACAUUAUCACCUUCAUCAUCAUCAUCAUCAUCAUCAUCAUCAUCAUCAUCAUCAUCAUCAUCGUCACCACUAUCAUUACCAUCCAUUACAACUACAUGCCAUCACUAUCAUAAUCAUCACCAUCAUCAUGACCAUCAUGAUCACCAUCAUAGCUACCACCACUAUCAUCAUCACCAUCACCAUCAUGACCACGAUAAUCACCGUCACCUUUACCAUCAUAAUCUUUACCAAGCACUCUUCUCAUAUGUGAAUGAGGUGAAAUUUUAACCAAACAAAUGCACAUUGCAGGAAUCAAACUUCACAUGUGAAAGCCACAUCUCAAAUUAACACCAUGUACUUUAAUUUGACACAAUUUCCAGAUGUGGCGUUGAGUUUGAAGGCAAGGUCCCUUACAAAGAAUUUCUGCGACGUUUUCAAGAUCGAAGUGAAAAGGGAAUUGCGCACAAAAUUUUGGCAAAUCCAUUGCACAGGUGAGUUGUAUAUGUCUGCCAAUAAAAUAGUAUGGUAUCGUAACAUGGUAAGCACUAUGGUACAUGAUGAUGUUUGAUGCGACUUUUUAGAUACCAUCAAACGGAAGUUGAUAGCAAGUAUUCGACUACGUCAGCUGUGGAGGCAAAGUUAAUGGACAUGUUUCAAAAAGAUUUCUUAUCUCUUCUUGGGACACUUCAGUAAGUUUAAGAAAACAAAUUAUAUUUAUACUGGACAGCUCUAUCAGUUCUAAACUGUUGUCUCUAGAGGUCCAGUUAGGAUCAUCUCUUGUCCAGGACACCAAAGCACACUGGAAAAAAACUAAAACGGAAAUACUCCUCUCACGUUUGUUUAGCAAAAUAGAUCGAAAUGGGGAAGGUUCGGUGAGUCAGGAGCAGUUUCGAGCAGCCAUUGAAAGUCGUUUUGAGCUCGGGAUGUCUGAUGAGGCGUGGGAACAGUUUCUGAGUAGUGUACCACUAGACAGUGACGGAAUGGUACUGUAUGUCCAGUUUAUGUCGCGCUUUGAUACAAAGUAAGUCCUGGAAAUUUCUUCUGACAAACCUAUUGGUCCAGUAUGACCUUGCAUCUGUUUGUGGUCCAGUGUAGUACUACGUCUAAUUUAUGAUUUUUAUCAUCCAGAGAACAAGUGUCUCUUUUCGACGGCAAGUCGACAGUUCCGGAAAGAAAGUAUAUCCCGAGUGAUUCGCCCCCGAAGUCGCCCCGUAUUCGUCCUGUGAGGUCUGUUGAAAGCACGGUGAAUGACGAGGGAAGACCCGUGGAGGAAAUGAGACGAAUAAUUAGGAAGGUUUUAAAUGAUAAUCUUUCACAAGUGCAAGAGGUACGGUUUGAUUGUUGUUAUAUUUGGCGUAUUCUGUGCGUUAUCGUUGAUUAUUUUAUAUAAGUAUCCGACAGAGUAACUACCGCAACAAUCUAGUAUCAUCACCAUCCACCAUUACCAUUACAACCAUCAUUAUUACCACCAUCAUCACCAUUACCACCAUCAUCACCAUUACCACUAUCAUCACAAUUGACCAUCCUCAUCACCAUUAAAUCCACCACCAUUACAACCAUCAUCAUUACCACCAUUAACCAUCCUCAUCACCAUUACCACCAUCAUCACCAUUACCACCAUCAUCACCAUUACCACCAUCAUCACAAUCGUUGAUUCUCCCCCAUUCUUUCCAUAGGAAUUCUACGACAUUGAUGAAUUCAACAGUAAACGGCUUACCCAAGAAAUGUUCUCAAGACUAAUGAAACGGUAAUCAAUAUGUAAAUUCAUGCGUAGUGGUCCAGUGUUCUGAACUACCCCUGCUGUAAGAUGCUGUGGUUUGUGUCUGAACUACCCGAACAUUCUUUUUAGAUUUGGAAUAGAGUUCAGUUCCAACGAGGUUAAACGUCUCUGGAAUACGUUACUCACAGACCAGAAACGAAUGCUAGAAUUUACGCAGUUUGUUCGACAUUUUGGAUGCAGCUCUGCUCCACAAGGUGAGCUUUUGAGUCAGGAAAGAUUAUGCAUGACUCUUACAGGACUCUGAAGAACGGUUUAGACUGACAGAGCUAUCCAGUAUAAGUAAAGUUAGUUUAGUGUAGGUUUCCUCCUGUAGUAACACUGGAUCAAUAAUUAAGAGAUGACUCUUACUGGACCUCUAGGAAGAACAGUUUAGAACUGAUAGAGCUAUCCAGUAUAAAUAAAGUUAGUUUAGUUUACGUUUCCGCCUGUAGUAACAUUGGAUCAAUAAGAAUGGACUCUUACUGAACCUCUAGGAAGAACGGUUUAGAACUGAUAGAGCUAUCCAUAUGAAUAAACUUUAAGUUAGUUUAGUUCAGGUUUCCUCCUGUAGUAACAUUAUAUCAAUAAGAGGAUCCUUACUGGACCUCUAGGGAGAACAGUUAGUUUAGAACUGAUAGAGCUAUCCAGUUUCAAUAAAGUCAGUUUAUAAAUUAAUAAAUUUACAGUAAUAAUUGCAGUAAUAAAUUUAAAUUUACGUGGUGUUUCCACAAACAAAACUAUUAUAUAUUUAAUCGCCAUGCAAUCAUACAAAGAACUUAUAAAGUCAGUUUAGUUUUACUCCUGUAGGAUCAAUAAGAGAUGACCUAACUGGGCCUCUAGUAGGAAUAGUUUAGAACUUUUGCCAAUCCUCGUAUAUUUUAAACCCUAGCCUACCCAAAUGCGAAGAUCUCGCCUCCCAAGCGUGGCGACAGUGACUUCAUGAUGCGAUCAAAUAAACUAAACAGCGCUGUAGAUAUGCUCUAUGAUCAACUGAGGUCGAAAGUUGACUUGAAUUGGGAGAGAUUGCAAAUGGAGUUUAAGUCUUUGGAUCCUGGUGGAUCUGGUUAUGCUGGUAAAGAAGAGUUCAAGGUAAGAUGGUGAUGAUGGUCGCGAUGAUGGUGGUAAUGAUGAUGAUAUUGGUGAUGAUGGUACUGGUGAUGAUGGUGGUAAUGAUGAUGGUAUUGGUGAUGAUGGAACUGGUGAUGAUGGUGGUAAUGAUGAUGGUAUUGGUGAUGAUGGUACUGGUGAUGAUGGUGGUAAUGAUGAUGGUAUUGGUGAUGAUGGAACUGGUGAUGAUGGUGGUAAUGAUGAUGGUAUUGGUGAUGAUGGUACUGGUGAUGAUGGUGGUAAUGAUGAUGGUAUUGGUGAUGAUGGAACUGGUGAUGAUGGUGGUAAUGAUGAUGGUAUUGGUGAUGAUGGUACUGGUGAUGAUGGUGGUAAUGAUGAUGGUAUUGGUGAUGAUGGAACUGGUGAUGAUGGUGGUAAUGAUGAUGGUAUUGGUGAUGAUGGUACUGGUGAUGAUGGUGGUAAUGAUGAUGGUAUUGGUGAUGAUGGAACUGGUGAUGAUGGUGGUAAUGAUGAUGGUAUUGGUGAUGAUGGUACUGGUGAUGAUGGUGGUAAUGAUGAUGGUAUUGGUGAUGAUGGAACUGGUGAUGAUGGUGGUAAUGAUGAUGGUAUUGGUGAUGAUGGUACUGGUGAUGAUGGUGGUAAUGAUGAUGGUAUUGGUGAUGAUGGAACUG